AUGGACAUGAUUCGGAAACAUAUCGGAGAUGUAGGCCAGAAGCUCUAUGAGCAUUUGGUGGCCGAGAUAGAGCAGAUCGACUGCAGGGCAAGAUGGGGCGAGUCUACCGCGGCCGAAGUGGUUGAUGCUGUGGUCGUCCCCGACCUUCAAGCCUGCUAUUCCCAGCUGGACGCUUUGAUCUCGACAACCAAGGAGAGACUGGAUGAACUGGAAAGAGAGCAGCACACUAGGUAA